UCGGAUUUCGUUCUUACGAUAAUUAUUGAAAUUAUUCGACUAGGAUAUACAUUUUAAUAUGUAUUGAUAAAAGUAAUUAGUUCAGUGUAAAUGUUCUUUAAUUAGAUUUCUAGUACAACAAUUGUAACCUUUUUGUAAUGUGUUUAAACUAGUCUAACAAGAAUCUUAGAUCCUUCUGCCAAGUGAAUUUGUCGAUAUGAUGGAUGGAAAUGAUUUAACGUCUGAAGCACCGCGGAAGGGCAUAAUUUCACAAGGAUGGACGCGUAUAUCCCAGAUAUACCAGGGAACACUAGAUAGAUGGACCCCAUACACAAGAGGCAGAUGGAUUGGAACUAUCCUUCUACUUGCAGUAUUUAUGCUUCGAAUAUUUGUUAAGCAAGGUUGGUACAUAGUAACUUAUGCACUUGGUAUCUACCAUUUAAAUUUAUUCAUUGCAUUCCUUACACCGAAGAUUGAUCCAGCUAUGGAUUUUGAUAGUGAUUAUGAUAAUGGGCCAGCACUUCCAACGCGAUCUAGCGAGGAGUUCAGACCAUUCAUCAGGAGAUUGCCUGAAUUCAAAUUCUGGCUGUCGGUCACAAAGAGUACAAUAAUUGGCUUCUGUUGCACUUUCAUUGAUGCUUUCAAUGUUCCAGUAUUCUGGCCUAUUUUAGUUAUGUAUUUUAUUACCCUAUUUUGUAUUACUAUGAAGAGGCAAAUUAAGCAUAUGAUCAAGUACCGGUAUUUACCUUUUACCCACAGCAAGCCAAAGUACAAAACUAUUGACCCAACAGUUUCUGUAAACUGACGACAAUAUUUCAUGUAAGCAAAUAUCUAUAUGGAUAAUAACUGGGAAGAUAGACAAAUUUAAUUAAAAACCAUUGUAUUCAAUUAUUUCAAAAAAUACAGUUUUUAUUAUAAUGUU